AUGAUGAUGAUGGCCAACGAAUUGCCUGAAGACUUGGUGACGCUGAUUCUGAUAUGGCUUCCGGUCGUCUCUCUCUUGCGUUUCAAAUGCGUCUGCAAAUCCUGGUACGCUCUCAUCACACACCAGAACUUCGUAAGAAAACACCUCCUACACAACAACAACAGCAACACCCACCUUCUCCUUAAAACGUUCAACAAAACGAUGGAAGAUUAUGUUGUAUCCAUGAUUUCUUAUGAAGAACUCCAAAUAUCCCUUACACAACCUCUACCUCCACCGUUUUUUGGGAACAGCCACAAGUUUCGUAUUUCUGUGGUGGGUUCUUGCAAUGGUCUCGUUUGUCUCCACGCUUACAAUACAUUGAAUGUUGUUAUAUGGAACCCUACAACUAAAGAAACAAAGGUUGUCCCCAAAUCAAACCUGCCCCGCUUCGCCCCCGCUGGCUAUCGCACCCGUAUUCAAGGUAUGGGAUUUGGUUUUGAUGCCAAAACUAAUGACUACAAGAUAAUCAACUUUGUUAGUAUGUAUGAACCCAAUUUCGACGACUAUUUUUCACAAGACGUUAAAGACAUCAUAUUCCAAAAAGAGGUAUACAGCUUGAGCACCAAUUCUUGGAGAAAAGUUGAUGGACCCCCGUGUUUUAUUUUCGAAGGUGUUGCAUGUCCAACAUACAUCAAUGGGAUGGCUUCUUGGCUAGCAUAUGAUAAAGCUCGUCUGUAUAACUUAUUUGUUUUGUCAUUUGACAUGAGCGAUGAGGUAUUCCUAAAAACACCACAUCCAGAUAAUGUACUUAAGGGGGUUGACCUUUUCGUGUUGAAUGAAUCGAUUGCCAUGAGUAUUGCUACAAUGGGUGACAAAUGCAUGGGGCUUCAAUUUGAUAUAUGGUUGUUGCUUAAAGUUGGUGUUAAGGACUCCUGGACUAGGCUUUUCCCUAUUAGACCGUCUGCAUUUAUUCACCGACCAUUAGGAUUUUGGAAGAAUGACACCAUGAUCUUGAGUAAAAUUGAUGACGGGCAACUGCUCUUGUAUGACCCUUCUACCGAACAAACGACUAAUCUCCAAAUUCAUGGAGACGAUGACUCGAUGCAGUUGGUUACUUACAUGGAGACCCUAGUUUCUGUCAAGGGCGGAAAUGAAUUUGAAGAGCAGGGCAAUUGUUGA